AUGCAAGCCGCCUUCACGCAACUCUUUCCAGGAAGGCCUACAUUCACGGAAGAUAAUGUCCCUUCAUUAAAGGGGAGAGUCUUUAUGGUGACCGGUGGAACCAGUGGUAUCGGCUUAGAGCUGGUUCGCAUGCUCUAUGCCAAAGGAGGCACCGUCUAUAUUCCCUGCCGAUCCGACACCAAAGGAACCCGGACGAUCAACGCCCUAAAAGCUGCUCAUCCUGGAAGCACUGGGGAUCUCAAGACUCUUCACAUUGAUCUCAAUGAUCUUGCUUCAGUGGCAGCGUGUGCCUCCGCCUUUCUCGCCCAGGAGAGUCGUCUCGAUGUGUUGUUCAACAAUGCGGGCAUGAGCUACGCACCAGUUGAUGAGGUCACCGUCCAGGGACAUGAGCCUCAUAUGGGAAUCAAUUGCUUGGCACCUUUUCUCCUUACAAAGCUCUUGCUUCCCGUCUUGAAGAAAACAGCCAGCAUUAACCCUGGACCCUCGACCCGAGUUAUCUUUUCAGGUUCAGGUUUAGUCGACAUGGCGUCUCCACCUGGGGGUAUUCCGCUAGCUGAGCUCACGCCUGGCAAUCAGUCUAAAGAUCCCGCCCGCAAUUACACGAUAUCAAAGACGGCUAACUGGUUCCUCGCUUCUGAGUUCGAUCGACGAGUCAGAGGCGAUGGAAUUGUUUGCAUUUGUCAGAACCCAGGUAACCUAUCGACCGGUAUCUGGGACCGUGUACCGUGGCUUCUUAGGGUGCCAAACAAAGUCUUUCUCCAUCCGCCAAAGCGAGGAGCCUACGCAGAACUUUGGGCUGGGCUGAGUACGGAGAUCAAGCUUGAAGAUGGUGGUAGAUAUGGAAUCCCUUGGGGCAGAUGGCAUCCAGGUCCGAGGAGGGAUCUGCUUCAGAGCUUGAAGAGCAAGGAGGAGGGGGGUAAUGGAGUCGCAGCUGAAUUAUGGGAUUGGUGCGAUGAACAGACAAAGCAGUUCAUCUGA